AUGGCUAAGUCCUUGCUCAUGCCCCAGGCCCGCCUGGUCCCUCUUCCCGGCCUGGUGGCCAAUCAGAAAACCAAACCUUCAGCUUCUGGGCGGGUGGGGGCGCCUAAGGGUGGGGACCCAGGCACCCCAGCCGUGCCAGUCCUGCGUGGGGGCCCGGGGGGCAGCGGGUCUGCCCCCUCGGCUGGGUCCCUGCCAGCCCCGCCCGGGCCAGGACACCUACAGUCUCUGAGCGCCCCUCUCGGCACCAUGAGUACCCCAAGCAUGGGCACCCCCACAGGCCCGGAAGCUGCCCCCAAGCCAAGCGCCAAGUCCAUCUAUGAGCAGAGGAAGCGCUACUCCACCGUGGUGAUGGCCGACGUCUCCCAGUACCCAGUCAACCACCUGGUGACCUUCUGCCUGGGGGAGGAGGACGGCGUGCACACGGUGGAGGACGCCUCCAGGAAGCUGGCGGUGAUGGACAGCCAGGGCCGCGUCUGGGUGCAGGACAUGCUGCUGCGAGUGUCCCCGGACCACGUGACGCUGCUGGACCCCGUCUCCAAGGAGGAGCUGGAGUCGUUCCCGCUGAGCGCCAUCGUGCGCUGCGACGCGGUGCUGCCGCCGGGCCGGGCCCGCGCGCUGCUGCUGCUGGUGUGCCAGGAGCCCGAGCGCGCUCAGCCCGACGUGCACUUCUUCCAGAGCCGGAGCCUCGGGGCGGAGCUGAUCCGGGAGGACAUCCAGGGCGCGCUGCACAGCUACCGCUCGGGCCGCGGGGAGCGCAGGGCGGCGGCGCUCAGGGCCACCCGCGAGGAGCUGCAGCGCCGCCCGUCGGCCGCCGCCCCAUCGCCGCCCCUGCAGCGCCGCCCGUCCGUCCGCGCCGUCAUCAGCACCGCGGGGCCGGGCACCGGCGCGGGCGGGCGCGAGCGGCCCCAGGUGGACCCCAUCCCCGAGGCGGACGAGGCGCGGGGGGCUCCCGGCGGCGACCGGGCCUCGAACCCGGUGUCCCCCGGCCCGCGGGGCCCGGAGCUGGCGGGGCUGCAGGCGGAACGGGACGUGGACAUCCUCAACCACGUGUUCGACGACGUGGAGAACUUCGUGUCGAGGCUGCAGAAGUCCGCGGAGGCGGCGCGCGUGCUGGAGCACCGGGAGCGUGGCCGCAGGACGCGUCGCCGCACCGCCGGGGAGGGUCUCCUGACGCUGCGGGCCAAGCCGCCCUCGGAGGCCGAGUACACCGACGUGCUCCAGAAGAUCAAGUACGCCUUCAGCCUGCUGGCCCGGCUGCGCCGCAACAUCGCCAACCCGUCCUCCCCGGAGCUGCUGCACUUCUUGUUCGGACCUCUGCAGAUGAUCGUGGACACGUCGGGAGGCCCCCAGUUCGCGAGCGGCGUGCGGCGCCCCCACCUGACCGCCGAGGCCGUGACGCUGCUGCGGGAGAACGUCACCCCGCGCGAGGAGGCGCUCUGGACCUCGCUGGGAGACGCGUGGACCCGCCCGGGGGUGGAGCUUGCCCCUGAGGAAGGCCCCGCAUACAGACCCGAGUUCUACUGCGGCUGGGAACCCCCAGCCACUGACCCGCAGGGCCGGCCCUGGGAAGACCCAGUGGAGAAACAGCUUCUGCAUGAGCGGCGGCGCCGGCAGCAAAGCGCCCACCAUGCCGCUGUCAAUGGUCACCAAGACCCCGAGUCAGAGGCUGAACCCCAGCCCGAGCCCGAGCCCACGGUGGAGCCCACUGGGAAGUGGGUCUUGUGUAAUUACGACUUCCAGGCCCGGAACAGCAGCGAGUUGUCGGUCAAACAUCAAGAUGUGUUGGAGGUCCUGGAUGACAAGCGCAAGUGGUGGAAGGUUCGAGACCCGCAGGGCCAGGAGGGUUACGUGCCCUAUAAUAUCCUGGCACCAUAUCCAGGACCCCCAGGAGGCCGCAGCCAAAGCCCUGCCCACAACGACAGUUGCACGCCCCCGCCCCCACCAGCCCUGGCUUCGGCUCCUGCAGGGGGGCGGCCCCACUGGGACAGCUGUGACAGUCUCAACAGUCUGGACCCCAGCGAAAAGGAGAGAUUCUGCCAGAUGUUCAGCAUCAACGAAGAGCUGCAAGCGCGUCUGGCCCAGGGUCGCUCGGGCCCCAGCCGCGCCGCUCCGGGACCCCGCGCCCCGGAGCCGCAGCUCAGCCCGCAAUCGGACGCUGCGGAGGUCCGCGCGUGGCUGCAGGCCAAAGGCUUCAGCUCGGGGACCGUGGCAGCGCUGGGCGUGCUGACGGGCGCGCAGCUCUUCUCGCUGCAGAAGGACGAGCUGCGCGCCGUGAGCCCCGAGGAGGGCGCGCGGGUGUUCAGCCAGCUCACCGUGCAGCGCGCGCUGCUGGAGGACCGAGCGCAAGUGUCCGAACUGGAAGCCGUGAUGGAGAAGCAGAAGAGGAAGGUGGAGAGCGAGAUGCAGGCGGGGGUCAUCUGACACCCGGCGCCCCUCUGGGGACCACGAACUCUGCAGAAGUGGAGGCCCGCUCCUGCCAGGAGCCCCGCCUGGACUGGCCCUGGCCCCGCCCGGUGGACAAGCUGGCCUCUCCCCCCAUUGGAGGCUCCCGAGCAAGACGGAUG